GGCCGGUCGAUAGGACGGGCAUCUCCUUGGGAGUUCCUCGUCGUCCUUUCCACGUUCAUUUUCCCCUCCCUGUCUGCCGCCGCUGUAGGAGGUCAUUCACAGCCUAAGCGUCACGUUUUAUAAAUGAAAUACUGUCCAUUGAGUGACACACUUGCUCGUAAAAAAGCCCUUGUCUGCUGUGCACAGUUCUGUCAGCACAUAGGUGAGACGUUUCGGAAAACGCCAUGUCACGACCGAUCUAGGGUUUAUGCUCCGCGAGGUUUGUCGUCUUUCAAAGUCGAGCGAAGUACAAGCAUCCGCACUUUAGCUUGUAUGCCUUUCUGGGUACCCCUUUUGUCUUAAUCAGAAUCUCUGCUGGGCUUCGUGCCUUGCGACCCGGGCACAAACUGCGAGACGGGUACUCAGACGGUGAAUGAGGCUUCCCACUUGGCAAAGAAAACCAAGUUUCACACGGAAACACAGACGCGCGUAUGGCAUAGUGAAGGGCUGCAACUGAAUCGAGAAGGUGCGGUUCAGAUGGAAAAGCCGGGUUUGUCUAUCGACCAGAAGCACGACAAGACGCUGUACCCGAAACCAUAUUUCACAGCCGACGCCCUGGAUGCCUUGAAGGUUGAGAAGGCAGUCAUCAUGCAAGCACACAUCCGAGGUUUCCUCGCCCGCAGAAAAGCGGCGAAACUGCGCCAUGCUAAGCAGGAAGCAAUCGACCGCGAAGAGGAAGAGAGAGCGAGCGCGCAAAAGGAGCACGAGAUGCGGCAAAAGCGCCUCCGGGACCGGUGUUUGCAUCCCAAGACCUACUCGGAUUUUGCCGUUCUACGCAGGGAACUCGAAGCUUGGCGGGUUCAAGAGACAGCACGCAUUAAGCAUAUGUUUGACAGCGAUGUGCAUCGACGUCAAGCAUUCAAGGAACUGCUUCACCGAGAAACAGAGCUCCUGCAGCACAUCGAGGAACUGAAGUUGCAGGCUACGAAGGAAAGCCGCCAAGAAAAAAAGCUGCACUUCCUCGAGACGCUGGCGAGACCCUUUGCCUGGGCCUGUCCGUCAACGGGCGACGUCAUCACUGUGUUCACUCCCGAAACCAUGCGGGCAGAGGAUCUGCGGAAUCUGUUUUUGGAUCUUGAAAACCUACAAGUCGAUACAGCGACUCGACUCGAUGUUCUUCAGCGCGUACAAGUGGCUGUUGCGGCAAACGCAGCGCAAGACCUAGAUCAGAAACGCACCGUGGGAACAAAGAAUCUCAACAAGGAGAUCCUCGAGCUCUGCCGCCGAGAAAUCGCUUUCCUUCGCCGAGGAACAACUCAGACAGCCAAACUAAGUGGUCUCAGGCAACGGCUCUCGCAUGCGUUCUGGUACCUCCUUCAAUCCCCUGCCUUCAACCCUCAAGCCUCGCGCUACCUCAAACUCCCUGCGUGCCAGCAGACGAAGGGAAUUUGUUUCUAG